GUGUAAAGGAGCUGAAAAGGAAUAUGUUGGAAUUAAGCAAAAUGGCAUGAGAAAGCAUUGGAAUAUGUGCAAUAGACUAUCAAACCUGUUCAGUUGCCUUAUCAGCUAUGAUACCUUAUCAGAUGGCCCUUUAUCAGAAUGCUCACCUACCUUAUUUGAAAGGUCCUUCGCCUGA